AAUAUUAUUAGACAGACGAGCUGCACCUUGCACUCCUCUUUCAUGACUGGAACUGUAUGCGUUGAUUAGGAGGGGAGAUAAAAGCGAUAUAACAGGCUGCAAUAACUUUGUCUGGCAGCACAGCUGGAAAAUGUAUUUUGCUCUAUGCGAUGUUUGCUCAGGAUGGAACUGACUAUUGUGUAGACUGGACAUACACAAGGUUUAUGUACAGAUGUAUUACACAUAUACCUUCUUAACCUUCUAAAACAACAAAGCACAACAACAACAAUAAUAAUUACUGACAUUUUUGCACUGAUGCUAAACAAACGGAUGAUCUUCACUGCACAGCAGAAGAGCCAUUAGGUGUCUGACAGUGACUGGAAUAUCACACUUUUCCUGAAGGACGUAGCAGCUUAUGGGUACUCUACUGGAGAGCCACAAUUUGGUAUCGGAAAAAGGACGCUAUUGCUAUAUCGGAGACCAGGGGGAAUUGGAAGCUGUGUAUUUUCUGUAAUAUACUGUACAUUCUACCCUAACAAAGCUUAAAGCCAUGAUGAAGACAGUAUCUAGUGGAAGCUGUACACUUAGUGUACCUGCCAAGAAUUCCUAUCGUAUGGUAGUCCUUGGGGCAUCAAGGGUUGGAAAAAGUUCUAUUGUUUCACGAUUCUUGAAUGGACGAUUUGAAGAUCAGUACACUCCAACCAUUGAGGAUUUUCACCGCAAGCUAUAUAAUAUCAGAGGAGAUAUGUACCAGCUAGACAUUUUAGAUACAUCUGGGAAUCAUCCCUUUCCGGCUAUGAGAAGGCUCUCCAUACUGACAGGUGAUGUGUUCAUACUUGUCUUCAGCAUUGAUAGCAGAGACUCAUUUGAUGAAGUGAAGAGACUAAGAAAGCAGAUCCUAGAAGUAAAGUCGUGUGUCAAGAAUAAAACAAAAGAAAUCGGAGAAUUUCCCAUGAUGAUCUGCGGAAACAAAAGUGAUUAUGGGGAGCACCACCGCAAGGUCCGAGCGGAAGAAGCGGAGCGCCUUACCUCCAGUGAUGAAAACUGUGCUUACUUUGAAAUCUCUGCAAAGAAAAAUUUAAAUGUGGACAAAAUGUUCCAAAUUCUUUUCAGUAUGGCCAAGCUCCCCAAUGAAAUGAGUCCAGCUCUGCAUCGGAAAAUUUCUAUGCAGUAUGGAGAUGCCUUUCAACAGAAGUCUUUUAGACUAAGACGGCUCAAGGAAAUGGAUGCCUUUGGCAUGGUCUCACCUUCGGCUAGACGUCCCAGUGUCAACAGUGAUCUUAAAUACAUUAAGGCAAAAGUACUUGGAGAAGGGCGGGGGCGUGAAAGAGAAAAAUGCAAUAUCCAGUAAGGAAUUUUGUAGGCAUGGGGCCUCUCAAGUGCCUUUGGGCUUGAUACUGUAGAAUCCAUGAGAUGCCAGAUCAAAGGCUCAUAUUCUGCUCUAUGUUGGAAAAUCUCUCUAUUGGAAGGUUUUGUAUCAAAUUACUCAGGCUUGAUGGCUAUGUCUUUGAGAGCUUAGAUCUUUGGGGCGGUAUAUAAUUGUGAACAGAAAAAUACUAUGUAUGCUGUAUAAUACAAAGAACACAAUUAUAUCAAUCUAAAUGUUCAACUGCUGUCCAGACACUCCUAGAAAACGGACAGUUACCACCCACAAAUGUCUUCUUCUUGUCAAUCACCUUGCGAACAGCCGUGCGAUUGAAAUUGACCCACCAUCCUGUCGCUGUUUGGCAAAGUGCCUGCGCAUUGUGGGGCAUACGCAUGCACAGUAGUUCGAUAAUCGCCCAGUGUGCAAAAACGCACAACAGCGAUCAGUUCUGAAUCGGACCCUAUGAACAAUAGGUUACAAACUCAAGACUCAGGAACAGAACAGACCGUGGUGGGGAUUCUGUUGUUUAGCCAGAAUCUCCUUCUCCAUUCUGUAAUCUCACUCCUUUGCAUGAGUGGUCAAGUGGAGAUGAGUAAGUUAAAGAAAUUGCUGAGUCCUUUCCAUUCAUCAGGGCAAAACAGUAAGGGAGAAGCCCUAUUAUAAAUCUGUAAUAUGCUAUUGCUGGGUGCAAAACAAACUGACUGUUUUCAGCCAUGUUCACAGAGUUGGACAACUUGUGUUAUUCCAGAAUUCUCAGUAGUGAGUAUGUCUCAGGCAUGUAUAUACUCAUAAAGUGUUCAGUAUGAUUUACCGAUGGUCGGGAUGCUGACUGUCAGUAUACCGACAACGGCAUCCCGGCUGUCAGUAUGCCAGCAGCGGGGCAAGCAGAAAGAGUUCCCUUGCAGGCUUACUGUGCUUUCCACGCUGCGGGCUUGGUGGCUUGCUGCACUCACCACAGAUUCUAUUCCCAUUAUAUCAAUCACAAUUAUAUCAAUCUAAAUGUUCAACUGCUGUAACAUAAGAGUAUAGAAAUUGCCAAAUUUGAUAACUAAAGGAAAAAAUGGUCCAUUUUUGGUCUUUUUGUGCCAUCUUUUUCGUUAUAUAAUAAUGAAUGAUUAGUAAUUAUAAUUUGUCAAAAGAUUGUGUCACUUCUGUUAAGCUGGAAAAUAACUUCCAGUGUAUUAUAACUAAUGCACCCACUUUAUUUUGUUUGUAAGUUUCAAAGGUUUGUUCCAAUGGAAAAAUAUUCAAUUAACGGAUAAUACUAAGAACAUAUAGCACAUUAUUAGAUUCUCUUCUGUGGGAAAUUGACAUGUCCUUCAUUACUUUAUUUGAUUUAAAAUGUUUUGGUAUUUUCUGUCCAAAUAUUUAUGAUUAACUGUAUGUUGCUAGUAAGUGAAUGUGUAUAUAAUUUAUCGAGUAUCAUGUCAGUGUCAAAGAUGGUGGGAAAAAAUCUCACAAAAUGAUUUUGAUAUGUGUUAUGUAAUUUAUGCUUAUUUGGUUUUAAGCAGCUGUCUACUAUCUUGCAUUGUACAGUUUAUUUUAUCUGAACCAUUACCUGCUGUAGUAAGAUGUUUUCAGAUUAUUUUGUAGCAUAAACUAUUUACAUAAUUGUGGGGCAGGGUGCACCACCCAUUUCAUUGAGCAAUCAUUAUCAGUAGGCUAUCACUUACAUUCUUAUAACGUUUUGAUUAACUUUUAAAGUCUUGCUAUGUAAAAAAAGUUGUUAAACAUUUGCACGAUUUUGACUCAGUUUAAUGGUGAAAUCUAUGAUUCAGAAGCAGCAAAUGUUCUUGACAUUACACGUUUGGGAAUUGAAUGCUAAAAAUACACUGUAGCAUCCUCUGAUAAUAAAAACAUAAAUUUA